GUGGACAAAGAUGGAAAGUAGUCCUCUAAAGGGCUCUGCAAUCUUCAUACCAGAGCUACCAAUCUUCCUUCUCUCAAGGCAAGGGUACAGUAAUGGGGGAUAACUAUUUCAAUACCAGACCAAAUAGUUUAUAUGACUGGUCAUUUUUACUAAAACUCAUUUACCCAGAGAGAGUCAGAAAGUUAAAAAAAAAAAAAAGAAUAUUUUACAAAAGCAAAUGUUACAACUUCCCCGUUUCUUUAAUUCAGACUCCUCCCCUUCCCCCUCACCCCAGCAGAGUGUUAUCUUUUGUAAGGGAGCAGGAAGUGCGAGGGAGAUUAGACAUCUUUCCUCUUCAAGUGGGUUGAAAAAGCCAGACUAUAGAAGGAAACAGCAUGAUCUUUAGCUGGUGGAGCCUGUGUCUGCUAAUGCUCAUGAUUUCCUCUCAAGUUUACUCAGCAAGAAAUGUGGUGUGUGUUGUUGGUGAAUCUGUAAAUCUCAGCUUGUCUGAAUUCCAUCCUGAGCCCUACUCAGAAAUCUCUUGGUUUUAUAAUGAAACUCAGAAGAUCUUGCUAUGGGAAAGAGAAGAACAAACUAAAGUAUUUGAAACCAAUCUGAAACCACGAAUCCGUCUUGCUGAUGAUAAUAUCACUUUACACAUCCAACAGCUUCGGAAGGAAGACAGUAGCACCUAUAAGCUCCAAACUUCCUUACUGAGUACAAGACAAGUACUCUCAGAGCACAUCAGACUGGAUGUCUAUGAGCGAUUGACAAAGCCCCAAAUUUCAUUGAGUCCUAGUUCCAAUGAUAAUGGCACCUGUCUUUUCAAUGCGACGUGUUCUGUGGAACAAGUAAGAGAGAAUGUUACAUACAACUGGAUAACUUUGGGACAGAGAACUAAUGCAUCCAAUGAAGGACCCAUCCUCAGUAUCAGAUGGAAACCUGGUGACCAUGACCAGUACACCUGUAUUGCCAGGAACCCUGUCAGCAACAGUUCCUAUACCAUUUUUGCCAGUAAACUCUGUGCAGACAAGACCUCUAGAAUGUCCUUGAAGUUGCUAGUAGUCAUUCUGCCUUCCAUCUUCAGCCUCCUGUUCAUUCUGAAUUAGACCUGAUUAUGACUGCUUUGUUGGACUUCCAGGACUCAAUGAUGGGCAGGAAUGAAGAAGAAUGAAAAGAGAGAGUGGCCUUUCUUCUUAUGUCAUUCUCUUCAUUAGGUGGAUCUGACAACUCCUUUCUUCGCUUCCAAGAUUUGAGGAUAAUAAGAAUUUUUAUAGUGUCUAUUAUGUUCUAAGAAUUGUGGUAAAUAUUUUAUAGAUAUUUGUGAGAUAUCUGUUUAUAGAUGUUGUGAGCACAACAAUCAUGUGACAUAGGGAGCAAGAUGGAGAUACAUACAUACACCCACAUAUACAUACAGAUAGAUAUUUUACAUUUGGAGAAAUAGAAUGAUUUGCUCAAGAUCAUACAGUAGAGAUCUGUAUUAAUUACAUACAGAGUUUUAUGGGUCCAUUUAUGAAAUUUUGAAUUUGCUGCUGCAGGGAACAAAAACCAAAAUAAAUAGUAAGCUUGAGUGCUUAUGACAGAUCUGAAGGACCAUUUAUGAGGAAACAAGUUAUAUUGUUAGAUUUCUCAGGGUGAAAUUUGAUUGAAUUUAACAUGAAGCAAAGAGUACUUUCUUGAUCCCAAAAACUGGAUCUAAUUGAGAGCUUGAGAUGCUGGGCUAAUUGUCAAAAAAUAAAUAUUAAGUCUAGAAAUCAACACUAGAAGAAUUGGAAAAGUAAAACAUAGUUAAAUAGAAGGAAAUGUAAGAAAACAUUAGAAUAUAAGUUCCGUAUUCAGAAGAAAGGCAGCAAUAGUUCUAUUCUUGUAUUAUUUGAUUUCAUGUAUGUUUAUAAUUUACUUCAUUGUUUAUGGUGCUUUUAGCAAGAUGCAAUUUUCUUCCUUAUUUCUUAUAAUUAUAUCUAUUCUUGCUUUUCUUUUGUCUGAGGAGGAUAUCUGAAAUCAGGAUUGCUACCCUGGCUUCAUUUUUUAAUUUUACUAUAUUUUAUGCUUGUUUUAUUACAUAAAUUAAAUACCUUUUUAAAAGGAA